UCGUUGGUCUGAAUGUCUGAAAUUUCGACGAUUUUGGGGCGGGGCACAGUGGUGGAAACUAGAAUCAGAGUCAUCUAUCGAGAGAAAACUGAGUUUUCGACGGCCAUUUUGGACGCUUUUCCUAUUGAUGUAAGAAGCUGUAAGAUGUAAAGAAGCUCUAGAAAUUCGGGAUUGGCGCCAAAAUGGUUGGCAAUUUUGCUGUUCCACAUUGUAAUUCAACAUACUAUAAAAGUGCGCAAAUAAAAAGUGGAAUUGCUUUGUUCUCCGUCCCAAAAACAGCCGUAGGAUUAUGGCAACAGCAAAUACCGUCAAUCGUUUUGACGAACAAUUCUCGUAUUUGGACGCGUCAUUUUGAUGAGAAUGACAUAAAAAGUGUUUCAUGCGUUUAAACGAUGGGUUUUGAAGGAAGGAGCCAUUCCGAGAUAUUUCCUGACACCCACAUUUGCAAUGUGAAUAGGAGAAACAAUUCAAUAGCAAACCCUACUGUCGAUGAAAAGUGCAGGAAGCAUCCAAAUAAAGAAAGAUAUGCCUUUGCGAAGAAGAGCAGCCUAAACAAAAAGAUUUCUUAUGAUUUGGCCACCCCCAUGGAAGUCGUUCCAGAUGAGAACCUUUCAGUUGAAAAGCAGUUACCAGCUAUGGCUAAACAACCUGCAUCAGUAGUCGUAGAAACAAUACCGACACUACCAACAAUGGUGAAAUUGACGCCGAUGGAUGAUGUUCAGGAUCCGAAUACCUCAAAUGAGUCAGAAUUGAACAUUACAACUGAAGAAACCGUUAAUGAAAAUGCAGAAAUAAAACUUUCACAACUAGCACACACCUCAAGUACUUCUCAAUCAUCUUCAACUACAGAUGAGAGUAUAUGGAUCUUCAAACCAAACUUGAUCACGUAUUUCACAUUGGUGUCCCAAAUGGAAUUACCUGACGGUUGGAUAUGGUCAUUCAACCAAGCCAAAAACGCCAUACUUUGCAUUUACACGGACCCAUUAUCUAACGGGAGGAAUUUGUUUGAUUCAGACAAAUGUUCAUCUUUCACGUCCAUUUCACGAUAUUCCAUCAAUACACAAGUAUACCGUACGUUGUCAUACAAAAACUUACCGUGAGGUCCAUCGCUUGCGUUCGUCACAUCUCCCAAAAGGAAAUAAAUAGAAACCACUUUUUAUUCCAGAGCCAACCAGCUUCUGUUCAGUGUCAAAGUUCUCCUACGCACUAAGAGAAUCUCACUGAGCAAUUGUUUCACCAACAAACCAUAAUAUUAAUUAUUCACUAUACACCAAUUAUCUGUGUAUAAAUGUCUGUGAAAACUUAAUAACAUGUUUGUUUAGUUUG